UCUCAGUCUCCGACGAGUUUAAUUAAAAAACAAAAAAAAAAAACCCUAAAUCCUUCUCCGGCGGAACAAUCACGAACUCCGGCGAGUCCGAUGGAAAGAGGGAAAAACAUGGAAUCGAUCCCAACUGAUCUAAUUCUCGAGAUAUUCACGAGAUUGCCGUCGAAGUCAGUCGCAAGGUUUCGUACCUUGUCGAAGCACUGGGCGUCUACGCUUGGCAGUCCAGAUUUCAAGAAGCUCUUCCUAGCCAGGUCCUCGGCUCGUCCUCGUCUCUUGUUUGCCGUCGAAAGAUAUAGAUAUAACGAGUGGCUCUUCUUCUCGUCGCCUCAGCCACAGAACAAGAAGUCUCUUCUUUUAGAUUAUCAUACAAAGUUCUCAGGAGACGUGAGCCAAUACAUUUGUAGCUACGCCUCAGGUUUGAUCUAUUUCCCUUUUGUGCGGGUCAUUGAUGAGGACAAGCCUUUGAUUUGUAACCCUAUCACCGGAAUGUAUGAUGGCUUAGUAGUCAGGAAGUACAGCAACUCUCGAGGCUUUUUAGGGUUUGAUCCCAUUGAUAAGCAAUUCAAGGUUUUGGAUUUUCAUAGCGUUCUAACACUAGGAGGAUCAUCUGGUGAACCCAAAUGGAGGGAUAAGGAGGGUAUCUAUUAUGCUCCGUAUCAUCGUUGCUCCAAUGCAGGGAUAUGCAUCAAUGGGGUUUUGUAUUACUUAGUUCAAACAGUUAUGGAACCAUCUUUUGUGAUAGUUCGCUUUGAUGUUAGGUCUGAGGAGUUCAAGUUUAUUGUCGCAGCAUGCCUUAGUGAUCAUCUAGAGCAGCCUAGUGGAUUGAGUUUGCUCAACUUUAAGGGUAAGUUAGGUGUGAUCAAUUGCAAUUGUGCUUAUGCUGGUGGAAGACGUACGGUUGAGUUGUGUUUGUGGGUUCUAGAGGAUGUCCAGACAGAGGACUGGGUGAGAUAUGUCUACACUCUGCCGCAGAAUGAAGUCCUUGGUUCCUGCAAGUUUUCAGUUGCUGGAGUGACUGCUACAGGUGACAUUGUUUUGUGUAUGAGAUAUACUUGUAAACCGUAUUAUGUCUUCUACUUCAAUCCCGUAAAGAACACUCUCCAAAGUGUUGAAAUCCAAGGUUUUGGAGAAGAGCUUGAAACAGUUGAGAAUCGUGGUGUAGUUUAUGCCUUUGUUGACUAUGUAGAGGAUCUUAGUCUUAACGAUGCAAAGCAACUCAAGUCAAGCCUUUCUGAAAUCAAGAGUCUCUGCUCCUGCUGUCAAAAGGAAGGGCAGCAUAACCACAUUGGGGCAGAGGUAUGAUGAUGGUAUGAGUAAGGAGAAGAAUUGAAAGAGAUAUCAGUGAAGAAAAAGAGAAGGGUAUAAGAGAGUAAACAAUGAGACAAGGAGUAGGUGAAAGACAAUAGGGCCUGUCAUCUAUGCGUUUAUGUUCUUUAGUUAAUAGUUUUAGACGUUGGUUUGGUAAGUCUGUGAAUCAAAUCUAGCUUUGGUAAAUCGUAUGUACCUUUUGACUAAUAUUGUUGAAUCUAGAUUUCUUUUAUAA